UUUCAAGAUGUAACGAAUUGAUGUAAUUUGUCACACUCACAAUCUGCAUAUAUAUGAUGGCUUUUUUUUUUCUUAUUUUCUUUUCAUAAUUUAUAUUUAAUGAAGCGAUCUAAUAGUAACCCUACAUCUUCAUCCUUAAGCAAGCGACGAUCCUUUCGUGGUUGGCUCAAAAGAGUCACGAUUCCUAAUGGCAAUGGCAGGAAGGUUGAUCCAAAUAUGCCUAAAGGUGGCGUAUUUGGUAUUCCUCUUUCUAUGUCGAUCAAGUAUGCCAAAACCACAGUAGGCUAUAUUGAUGAUGAUAAUAUACGACAUACAAAAGCUGGUGCUAUUCCUAUCGUUGUUGCUAAAUGCGGUUCAUUCCUCAAGAAGAAUGGGUUGGCCACAGAAGGCAUCUUUCGAGUCUCUGGCAACAUAAAGCGAGUAAAUGCCUUGGAGUUUAUUUUUGAUCAAAGUACCAGCAAUUAUGGAUUGGAUCUAAACUGGGAUGGUUACACAGUUCAUGACGCUGCAAGUCUCUUAAGACGUUAUCUGAACAAAUUGCCUGAUCCAGUUAUCCCCUUUGACUAUUAUCAGCAAUUCCGUGAUGUGAUGAACAACAAGACAUACACGAAUAAUGAAAGUCGUAUUGAAGCUUUUCAGAAACUGAUUCAAAGCUUGCCUACUCCACAUCAACAUUUAUUACUCUAUAUGCUCGACACACUCAGCCUAUUUGCAUCUGCUGCUUCCGACACUAAAAUGAAUAUACCCAACCUUGCCGCGGUCUUUUGUCCAGGUCUACUUCGUCACCCUGACCAUAACACGCCUGUUCAGUACAAGAUAUCAAAAUACGUCAUUGAGUUCCUGAUCGAGUUCCAGUCUCUCUUUACUAUGCAGCUACUCGCACCAACUCACACACAACAAAAGAAACUAUCUACUCAAAGUAAUAAUGGCGAUAUACCACCUGUACCUAUGCUUUUACCUUCUUCAUACCCUAAACCACCCGUUGGCCCUUUACGUGUCAUGAAUCCCUCCUCUCCUUCGACCACCACACAUUCCUUAUCUUUAACAAACAAUCAAAGCUCAUCAUUUAUUGAAUCACCUACUGAUUUAACGGUUGAACAACAAAACCCUAGCUUGCUUGUACAAACCAUGAAACCAGAUGCCAAAACACCUGAAGAAAACAAAUCACCAGUAGAAAGAACAAUGACCAUGCUUGCUCCUUAUUAUCGUCUCUUAUUGGAAAAAGCACAAUUAACAAGACAUAAACUCGAGCCACAUGUUGCUAAACCAACCGCCCUGUUAGUUUGUGCAUCUGUUUUUAUGAUGAUGUUAUGUGUCAUUGGUUAUGAAGCCUAUUUAGCGAUUAGUUUCUCCAGUUUCGAGCCGAUCUUUUUCUUUAUUGGCUCAACUUGUUAUUGGAAUCUGCUGUACAAAUGCCUUCCCGUAUACUCUUCAACUAACGAUAAGGCUCCUGUUCCAAGUGAACCAUCACCCAUUGAACAAGACACAGAGGAGGAAAUUUUCCCUGAAACUACGAUGGACGCUGCUGCUGAAGAAGCCAUGAUGAAUGAUGAAAGUAUUAUGUCUGAAUGGCGUGAUUUACUUACCCGAUCAUGGAAAUUGUCCGAGAGCGACCAUUCAUCUGGCAGCAACACAACUGCCAACAAAGCAGAUGAUGAAGCAUCUAUUAUGAGUCGAGCUAGUCGCUUUAAUGAAGAAGAUGAUAUCGUUCCUUCAAAUAGUGCAAGCAGCAGCAGUGAAGAAGAAGACGAAGACCUUGGUUUUGACCCAGAGACACUUGAAAUGUACUUGUCACAAUACGAUCAAAUCAAGAGAGACGCUGAAUUAGCCAAGAAACUUCAGAUUGAAGAACAAAGAGCAAGAGACGAAAACAAUCCUUUUGUAGUAGAUACCUUGAAUGUCAGCAAAGCCAAGAACGCAUCUAGUGAUUCUUUAAAGACGGUAGGAGAUAUGACUACCACACCUACCGAUAACCAAAAAGAAGAAUGGAAGAUUAGAGUAUUCUCUCGUUAAAUUAUAUUAUGUCUUUAUUAUGUAUGUAUGUAUAUAUCCCCUUUAUGUCUUACAGUGGUUUUUAACCCAAUGUUCGCUUUCCAAUCAAUUAAAUUCGUUUUGGUUCCCAACCAAAGUUCACUUCUUAAUAGUCCAAUCUUUGCUCUUUUAUUUGUCAAAAUUCGUUUUGAUACUAGCUCAAUUUUCGCAUCAUCCAAAGUUCACUUUGUCAACACAGUGUAAGCAAUUAAAGAAAAACACAAUUACUUGCGCUAUGGUGACGGAGAGUGGAGCCAUCGUAUACGAUUUUAUUUUCUUUAUGAUAAAUAAGUA